AUAAGAAGUCAUGCACAAAAGUAUUUCAUGAAAGUUCAGAAGAAUGGAACAAGUGAACAUGUACCUCUCCCUCGACCCAAAAGAAAAGCUGCUCAUCCAUACCCACAAAAGGCUUCUAAAAAUGCUCUCACUACAUCCAAAGUUACAAGGCCUUUGCAAUCUUCAUAUGCUUUAUCGGAAUCAUCAUUCAUUUACAGGCCAAACUCGUCAUCUGUGCUUAGAACUGCAGUUAGCAGUGUGCCAUUGCCAUCUUGGAGUUAUAAUCUUACGCCACAAGUUGGUAUUCUUCCUAAAGUGAUAAAAGCUCUUUUUCAACAUUUGGUAGCUUGGUGCUUGAGCAAAAUCUAAAAGGACAUGUUAAGCGGUGUCCAUUGUUGAAACAGACUCAGUCCUUAUUUGUCUAACCUUUCUAUCAAAAGGGUAUCAUUGUUGGCUCUGAUGGAGAGGAGGAAACAUCCGGGGUUGAUGAUUAAAGUUUGCCAACAAAACCAGUUUCUUCCUAAAUGAAGAGGAAUGCUCUUCAUGGAAUGAGUGUGCCUGAAUUUUGCAAGUUGAUUGAAAAGAUUGAAUUUCUUCAUGAGUCUUUGUGUAAAAAUAUUCAGGACUCAAUUCAAAUGUUAGAGGUCUGCAGCCUAUGGAUUAAAAGAGGAGUUGAAGAUAGGUAGCUAUUAGUGAAUUCUCUGAAUUUAUUUAAUGUCAAAUUUUGAUUACCUUAUGAGUUGUAAAAUAAUAUUCUCGGGGACUCCUAUUUAUGAGUUGUUCUGAACAUGAGUUGUAAAAUAAUUUUUUGUUACAUGCAGUAAAUGUGGUUGGUGCCGUGGAAUUGAAUUUAGCAUAAUUUAAUUUACAAUUAUAUUUUCAUUUGUAUUGUUGAAUGCUGCUUGGGAAUAAAAUAUUAAUUCUAAUAUUUUUAUAA